UCUCGCGAGAUCGGGUUUGCCCGGGCGAGCGGAGCACAGUCCCUCGGAGCUUGAAUCCGGAGCCGGGAGUCGUCAUGUUAUUUUAUUCAUUUUUCAAAUCCCUUGUUGGGAAAGAUGUGGUGGUGGAGCUGAAGAAUGAUCUGAGUAUUUGCGGAACCCUACACUCCGUUGAUCAGUACCUGAACAUCAAACUGACAGAUAUCAGUGUCACUGAUCCAGAGAAAUAUCCACACAUGCUCUCUGUGAAGAACUGCUUUAUCCGGGGCUCGGUGGUCCGCUAUGUGCAGCUCCCGGCUGACGAAGUGGACACACAGUUACUGCAGGACGCGGCGAGGAAGGAGGCCAUGCAGCAGAAGCAGUAAAGAUGAGGGGACAGCGCGGCAGUGAGUGGGAGGUGGAGGAUGCACAAAUUCAGCUGUUUACACAGACUGUCCCGCGGCUGCUGAAGGAACAUCCGAAUUCUUGUUUCAACAAGUUGCUUUUUUAAAACAAAGUGUGGCUUAUAAAUUUGGAUUUUUUGUAAAACUACCUCCAAAAGACAACUGUAACACAAAGGAUUGGACAGGCUGUCAACAAUUCUGUUCAAGAAUGGCCAGUGGAGUCUCCCUCUCAUCCCGGCAUCUCCCACACUGUCCCUCCCUGAAUUUGAAUGCCACUGAUAUCCACCACUUCUGCAACAGUGGACCUCAAUGAAAUAUCUUCUCCAACUCCUCCACCUGCAUCCUGACCUUUUGUGAUUUUUUUUUUCAUCAAAUGAUUUGCAAAUAUUUAUUUGCAUUCUUUUUUUUGGGGGGACAGAAUUCUUAACCCUUUGGAAACUUUUUUUUCGAAUUUUUGUUUGAAUCUAAUACCAAAAUCAUGCCCAGCAGCCGAGUUGGACAAUUUACAGCAUGGUUCUGUCUGUUCCACUUACUUUGAAGAGUACGCACAAGCCUGUUGCUUGAGGUGGCUGCGACCACUCCUGGUCAAGCGAGAUCCGAACAUGAAGCUGGGACCGCCGUGUUGUGCAACCUCUGUCAAUCAACAGAAUUAUAAGGGGAUCACGUGCUUCUUUACAUGGGGCUUGUUUCCUCGGGCAAGCAUGUGGAAUUAUGUGGGUUUGUUUUUUUUUUGUUAAUGCAAUGGAAAGUGCAGCUAGAAAUGUCUUUUAACGUUUCCUUUAUAAAUGUUUGUACUGUGCAUCGGAAGUAAUUCAAACAUAAGGCCCCGUGUAUGCUUGCCUGCAGGUACAGAGCUUGCACUGUAAAUGCUGAACAAAGCAAGUUUUUUUUUGUUGCAAAUGAAGCUCGGAGCAGCUUUGUUUCUUUACUGUAAAGCCUUCUGAGUGUUGUGAUGUAACAUCACUAGAAUUAAAACAAAGUUUGCAAAGU